AUGAACUCCUACAAAGAAAAUUCCAAAGACAUUGUGUAUAAUGGAUCAUCCAUUGGUGUAAAAAACGACGUUUCGUAUCAAGGCUUUCUUGGUAGUUCAUUCUUCUACAGUUCAUUCAAGCAAGUGCUAAACCUCUUUCAAAAAAAGGGUUGCUCUGAACCAAACAUCUCAGGAGAACUUCCCGUUCUGUCUUCUUCUACCAGUACCAGCUCGAACUCUCCUGUCUUGUACCUUGAUAACAUUGCGAUCAAUGAUUGUAAUACUCCUGAUAGAUGUGGACAUGUAGUUCAACGUUUUCUAGAGCAUUUUGAUGCUGAACUCCGAUAUCAUUCCAAGCCUUUGGUCGAUUGCUAUUCAGAGAGCGGAAAGUAUGCCCUGGCCAGUAAAAUUCAUCCGUUCGUGUGUGCACUCGAGCCAAUUCUCAUGGUUCUGCCAGCCUUUCCUUGCAAGUCUCCCAACAAUCGGGACAAGGUUCUCGGAGUUCUUCCUGAUCGUACAGAAGAGCUUGGGCUUCUGCGUAUAGAAUCUUUCUGUGCUGAUGUAGCCCAAUAUUAUCCCCAAGGAUGUCAACUUACUAUUGUCUCGGAUGGCCGUGUGUUUGCUGAUCUUAUUGGCGUCAAGGAUGAGCUAGUUUCAGUAUACAACAAUUUCCUGGAAUUCACACUCUUCAAAUCACGCGGAGGACUUAAGCAUAUCAUAUUCAGGUCAUUAGAUGAUCAUUUGGCAGCCAUUAAUAUAGACGAUCUUGAAGUUGGUCAAGCCGGAGAAAACUUUGAUAUCCAUGACAAGAGACGUGCGGGAUUGAUGGAGAUAUUUACUGACGCUGAUAAAGCCGAGGCCAUAAGUAACACCAUGGUAAAUCUUGGAUUUGUACGGUAUCUUGAAGAAGAUCUUGUGUGGCCUGCAGGAAUGAGCAAGACUAAAAAGAAGAAAGAGUGCCGCCAAAUAGCAAGAAAGAUGAUGGAGCGCAAUGUUGCCUUUUCUAGGCUAUGCGAGCACCACUAUCCUACUCAUUUACGCCUCUCCAUCCAUGGAUACAACAGUUCUGGGCCAAAAUUCCCUAUUCAGAUGUCACCUAAUUUGCGUGGACCAACUCCUUGGCACUCAGUGUGCUUGGAAUUCAAGGACGGAAAGACAGCAUUCGUUAAACGCAAGGUUGCCGCCCAAUUGGUGAAAGAUGGAGAUUUUGAGUUGUAUGAGCACCCUGAAUUUAAACGGCCAUGGGGAUUCCGCCAGCUCGAAAGUUCAUAUAUCGAUUUUGAGAGUGUUGUAACAAAGAUUUUGUAA